GAAUGGUCAGAGCAUCUCUCACAGUUCACUCACUUUCGAAGCCAGCUGAAGGCAACAGGCGGUGCUAGAGAGAGCCCUCUUCAGCGUGUUUCUGAGUUACAAGGACUUGGCUUGCUAGAAGGCAGAAAGCAAUGAAGGCAGCAAUGAAAAUCCAGCUGGUAUGCGUGAUGCUUCUGGCUUUUAGCUCCUGGAGUCUGUGCUCAGAUUCUGAAGAGGAAAUGAAAGCAUUAGAAGCAGAUUUAUUGACCAAUAUGCAUACAUCAAAGAUCACUAAAGCAAGUGUUCCUUCUUGGAAAAUGACCCUGCUCAAUGUUUGCAGUUUUGUGAAUAACCUGAACAGCCAAGCUGAAGAAACAGGAGAGGUUCGUGAAGAGGAGCUUGUUACAAGAAGGAGAUUCCCUACCACUUUAGAUGGCUUUAGCUUGGAAGCAAUGCUGACAAUAUACCAGCUCCAAAAAAUCUGCCACAGCAGAGCCUUUCAACACUGGGAGUUAAUACAGGAAGAUAUUCUUGAUAAUGGAAAUGACAAAAAUGAAAAGGAAGAAGUCAUAAAGAGAAAAAUUCCUUACAUUCUGAAGCGGCAGCUGUAUGAAAAUAAGCCCAGAAGACCCUAUAUCCUCAAAAGAGGUUCUUACUACUACUGAGAAAAUCAGUAUUUCAUUUACAUGUGAUUGUGUUUUAUCAUUCUUUAAACAUCAAAUUAUAUUUGUGUGACAAUGUGACAGAGCACAAUAAUUUUGUCUCUUCUAAAAUUGUGGUUUAUUGAAUGUGACUUUUCUGCAUUAAUUUAAAUUGGACUAAAUGUUUUCAAAUAAAUCUAGAUCUUGAGCAUGAUGUAUCGUGUAUAAUUGGAGUAGCUAUUAGUUGAGACAUCCAUAUAAUGUUUUGUAAUUUUGCAAAGCACAUUAUGAAUUGUUUAAAUAGUCAAAAUAUUUGACAUUUUACAUCAAAUUAUAAAUGAUACAGCAAAGAGCUACAGCAAAGUCUGGGCUACAUAUCAUUAACCAAAAACAAAGUAAUAGUACCUCUUUUAGUAUUUGACUGAAUGUUUUAUUGGAUUGGUAGAAAUUUGCUCUUUUCAAGACUUACUUACGCAUCUCCCAGAUGUAGCAAAAGUGGUUGUGUAAGAUAGAACCAUAUGAAAGAACAAUUAAUGAACUAUUGUUAACUAUGCCUAUCUUAAUGAAUGACCUUCAGUUGAAUUUUUUGUCUGUUAAAUGAACUUGAUAGCUAAUAAAAAAAGAUAACAAGCCAUCAGAA